CAAACCACAAAUGUCAAACGUCAAUAAUUGUCAUUUUAAAAGUUCCAACGCGAAAUAAAACGCGAAGUAAAAUACAAAAAUGUGUUUCCAAGAGACUAUUCUUUGUAAAUUUACAUUCUCAUUGUUACUAAUAGCUCCUAUUCUAGCAGAAUGGAAUACGAGGGAUUAUAUCAGACGAGAACAUUCCCUAACAAAACCGUACCAGGGGAGUGGGAUGUCCGUGCCUUACUGGGACUUCUUAGGUAGCACGAUAGUUACAACAAAUUAUGUUCGUUUAACUCCUGAUUUACAGUCAAAGGCCGGCGCAAUUUGGAAUACUGUGCCUUGUCACACCAGAAAUUGGGAGCUUCAAGUGCAAUUCAAAGUGCACGGUCGCGGGAAGGAUUUAUUUGGUGACGGGUUCGCGAUCUGGUACGUCCGUGACCGCAUGCAGCCUGGUCCAGUCUUCGGUAGCAAGGAUUACUUCCAGGGACUAGCCAUUAUAUUGGACACGUAUAGCAACCAUAAUGGUGCACAUAAUCACCAGCACCCGUUCAUAUCGGCGAUGGUCAACAACGGCACGCUGCACUACGACCACGACCGCGACGGCACGCACACGCAGUUGGCCGGCUGCGAGGCCAAGUUCCGCAACUACAACCACGACACGCAUCUCUCCAUCAUCUACAAGGAUGACACGCUUAUAGUGUCAACUGACUUAGAAGGCAAGAAUGCUUGGAAAGAAUGCCUGAAAGUAGAAAACGUGUUGCUGCCCACUGGAUACUAUUUCGGUGCUUCAGCAACUACGGGCGAUCUGAGUGACAACCAUGACAUCAUAGCCGUCAAGAUGUAUGAAUUGGAUUUGCUUGAGACGCAAAACAAAGACGAAGACAGAUCGCAUAUAAUACCUUCAGCGGCAACCUUCGACGCUCCUAGAGACAGGAUUGAAGAUGAGAAACCAUCCAUGUCCGGAAUCAAAACCUUCCUAUGGAUGAUGUGUAUAGCACUAAUUGUCAUAGUGCUAGUCGUUUUUGGUAUCAUGUGGUACCAGAAGCGACAAGAAAACUCGAGAAAGAGGCUGUAUUAAGUUAGUAUAGACACAGUUUAGCAAUUAUACAGUUUACCUACCGAAGUCUAUAGUCAUAGGAAACCAUGAUAGCUGUCAUCAUAAUGAUGUCUUAUUAAGCUUCAAUAACUUAAUGGUCCUUAGUUCAAAACCUACCUGUUGAAAUGUUGUGGUACCUACUCUGAAUACAAAAAAAAAUCAUGCUUAGUUCAGGGAGAAUACAUAAUUGUAAGCCUAAUUCAUAUAAUAUGUAGCUUUUUUUAAAAGCUCCACUUUUACGCUUUGUCAGGACAAGUAUGGUGGAAAAGUCCUAGCAUGUUUUCUGUAUUUACUCGUAAAAGCCGAUUCACACGCGCGCACGUACGCGUGACCCUUGCUUGUGACGCCCGUGAAUCCGUAGACAUAACUGCACGCAUUACGUCUACGCGAACGUUCACGCCACGCAAGCGGUAUGCCAUGUCUCAUACAGUUCCAUACAUUACAACGCAAUGGUACGCGCUACGUCUACGCUUACGCGACGCAUACGCGGCCUGUGUGGCCGGCGCUUAAAUGGGAUCUGCCUGGUGUUUUGAUUCAAAACUUCCUAGACUACAAGUUUGUUAUUGGACAACUGUAUGAUUGCUAUACUGUGGUGUAGAUCCUCGUUUCUGGACUGGGGGACGGCAAUCCUCAUCUGAGAAACUAUGGUAUAAGUAGUAUUAGUUGGUCAACUUUAUUGCGGCGAUACAUUCGUCGUCCAAUAUAAAAUUCCAUUCCAAAAUUAACGCAACACCUUAUUGAAUGUCGCAGACUAAGUUGACAAACUAUUAAAUAAUUUGUAUUGUUAGAUACAUAGACUAACUACAUACAGAUUUAUAAGUACCUAUAUUAUUUGAAAUCGGUGUUCGGUGUUGCCAAUGGUUAAUAACUAAAUAUGGGUAUUCAUUGUUUUUUUUAAUAAAAUUUAGGGUUGCUGUUUAAUGGAUUCUGCCUAAUGUAAAGCAAAAUGUAAAAUGACAACUUAGUAACUAAAGGAGACUGUCUAAUUCCCGCUUUAAUCAGUUUCCUAUGAAUUCAACUUUUAUUUUACUCGUAUAUUAUUUAUUUUGCUAAAUACCAUAAUAAUUAUAAUUUUUGUUAAUAAUAAUUUUAAGCUAAUAAUUCUUCUGAAUAAACUAACUAAACAUAACGAGUAAUUUAAGAUCAAUGAUUUCUAAAAUUGAUUUGAUAAACGACAAUUUGUUGCUCUUUGGAAUUCGAAAUUCAUAUUUAUGCCAGCCAAAUCCACAUUACAAUGUAUGUUUAAAAAUAAGUAUUGGUUAUUACUUAUAAUAAGUGUUUGGUUAUUGAGUCCUACGAAUAAUAUGAAGACUGUGUUUUCAUUUAAUAUUAAGAGUGUCGCAUAAUAAUUAUAUUAUAUGCCACGAAAAUUAAAAAAUAUUUUUUUUUUUUCACAUUUUUAUCAACUGACAUUAAGCCAUCUCUUUCUCGGAACACAGUAAAUAAAUCUAUCCUCACUUUUUUGCUAAAUAUCACUUUGUUGUUGAAACUUUUCAUCUAUUAAUUUCAGUUUCAUAUUAUACACAAAUAUGAUCAAUAAACUGAUGGGACGAAAAAAAAUAACCUUUCAACAAGGUGAAGAAAAGAAAGGCUGAUAUGAUUUUUAGUCACCAUAUACUUCCAAAUACGUUUUAAGUUUUUCGUUUCCUAUUUAUAACACUAGCUGUUAGAAUCUUUCGCUUAUUCUGAAUGGCUAAAAGUUUUUUUUGUGUGUAUGCAAUUAUCUAUAUCCAUCAAUAUCAGGCGAACAACUGACAGCUGUUAUUAAGCAAUAUUUCGUUUGUUGUGUGCAUAUAUUACGAAUCGUAAUUUACGAUACCUUAAUAUUUCAAAGAAAUAAACUAAACGCUAAACUUAGUUUAGAUUUGAAUUAGUUUAAUUUAAGUUUUGGAAUAUCACAAUAUUUUACUACAUUUGCCGCUUCCUAGUAGCUUAAAAAUUGCAAAUAAUAUUUUCCUUACUGGGAAUAAUAAAGUAAUAACUUUUUGUAGUUGAACUACUAAUCCCUGUUUUGACAUUAUUGUACAUUGUAUUCAUUUAAAAGGUUUGGCACAUCAAGUUGUAGUUAUAUUUAUAGUAUUGACAUUUUAUUUCUUAUUAUUUUAAUUUCACAAAGUAAAGGAUGACCGAUAUUUCAUGUUCUUGAAUGCUUGCUUUUUUUGACAGUACAUACGUAAUAGUAUUGUUUUUUCCAUUUUUUUCAAUACUCUUUUCGUUAUUUGCUCAAUUUGUUUAUUUUUCUGUGUCCUUAAUUUUUUGUGUGCACAUUUAGUCCUAGAACUAUAAUUUUGAAGAGCAAACAUAUAAAGCAUAAGCAUAAUAUACUAACAGCAAAAAGUCAAUAUUCAAAUCAGUAGUAUGUUAAAUAUAUAAAAGAAAAUAUAUAUUAUUUUAGAAGCAAUGAAGAGAAAAAAUAAAGUUUUUAAACAUUUUUAGUAUUCAUUACUAGAUCCUUGGGUGCACAUUUUGGGUGAAUUCAUGCAGAUACACUUGUGGUGAGUUGCGACGCGACAGAAGGCUACAGUCAUAUUAUUAUAUGAAGUCGUGCGCAUUAGUUUGUUAUGGCGAUUUUAAUUUAUUAAGCUCUAAUUACGCCAACUGAUUGUUUUAAUACAUCACAACACAAUAAAUUGCCACCCUUCCAACCUCGUUGUUUAUAAUAAGAUUAUAAUAUGGAUGAAAGUUUGCCCAAAUUGUAUGAAGUAAGAACAAUGUAAAGUUAUUUUAAUGUGUAUGCCAGUUGUAUGUUUUGAGUGUUUUAAAUAAAGUGAUUUAUAAUAUUUUA